ACUGCAGACAGUCUCCACGACACUAAGAUAUGGGCUUACUGUGACUGCAGUCUGGAGCUUAUUUUCUUAAUCUAAAAGCCAAAAAGAGAACAUUAGACUCAGAGAGAAAGACGUUGCCCAAGAGGAUGGGAAACUGAGCACGUCCCAAACUUUAAGAAGGGAACAAGAGGAGCAAGGACAAGCCUGAGGAUACCGCAGAUUAUGUUGCCAUGGAAACCGAAACUUGGAAGCGGACGCAAGGACCACUGAAGGUGGACGAUCUCCCUUGAAUGCAUCGUCGACACAUCACUGUCCCGCUGCACACAUAAAAAGAAUGCUGUGGAGAAUAACUAUCCCUGUCAUACUGGCUGGGGUGCUCUGCAUCACUGCAGAGACCAAAAAGUCCCGUCCUCAGGGAGCCAUCCCAUCUCCAUACAAGUCCAAAGGGAACCUGUCUGCAGACCGUCACCACCGAUUGCUUCAGCAGAAACCUGAGGUGCUAUCCUCUAGCCGGGAAGCCUUGGUUGUCACAGAGCGCCGUUACCUUCGCAGAGACUGGUGCAAGACCCAACCUCUUCGUCAGACAAUCAGUGAGGAGGGCUGCCGCAGCCGCACUGUGGUCAACCGUUUUUGCUAUGGCCAGUGUAACUCCUUCUACAUACCACGGCAUAUGGGUCCCAGCUCGAGUCAGGGACAGAGUCGAGGCCAAACCUCAGGCUCGGGAAGAAAAAACCACAACAAAGCCCAGGAGCCAUUUCAGUCCUGCUCCUUCUGUAGGCCACAUCGCAUCACACAGCUCACAGUGCAGCUAGACUGCCCAGACCUGCAGCCCCCUUUCAGACACCGCAAGGUGCAGAGAGUCAAACAGUGUCGCUGCAUGUCUGUGGAUGUGAGCGGCCAUGGGAAACUGUGAAGGGGGACUUAAAGGUCUUUUAAAUUUGGAAUGACAUCAUUUAUGUGCUGUCAGAGGCAGAAAUUCACAAACUUAGCCAAACAAGGACUGGCUUCAAGAGGAACUGUUCUGCAUCGUGUUGUACAAAGAAUGGCUUGUCUUGCAACAAAAUGAAACAUGGAACUAGAAAUACACAAAAGCUCAACAAUGAUUUAAUUAGAGAGUAGCAGCCAUGUUGACAUGCCAGUGCGGUUAAAAAAAAAGAAAAGAAUUAAAAAGAAUAAAUCAAGUGGCUGUGUAGAGACAGUGAUAAUAAAGCUGCUGGUGUUUAACAAUGGACAUUUUUUUAGUUUUAGCAUUUCAAAAACAUCACAUCUACCUAAAGAAGUCAAGAAAGUACCUCUUAAAAAUGACAGAACAUUAUGGACACUGAGGAUGGCCAAGCAAAAGGAAGUGCAUUAAAGUAAUGUCCAACUGUAUAAUUAGUGCAACCAAUGAAAACAGUCUUUGUAAAAUGUGUAUCUAUAGGUGGUUCUACAAUCUUAGACAGCUUGUCAGUAUCUUUUUGCCGUGUUUCACAAGUAUUCUGUUACCCUUUUUGUUUUGUCUUAACAUGAUGAUGUCAAAGAAAAGAUGAAGCAAUUCACAUCAUCCACCUGCUUGGAUACAAGCCUGAUUGUAUACUGUACAUUUUCCACAAAUAUACUAGCCAGGAGAAAAAAAAUAAAGAAAAAAACUGCAGCAUGUGUAAUGGAGUUGCAAUGCAAUGUAUACAAUAUAUACACGUGUGUUUUAAGUAUGUAAAAAUAUAUUAAAUCUAUUUCAUAUAAAACAAAGUGAUGUGUAGUUUAUCAUAUAACAAAUUAUAUGCAAACAGAAAUUGAUCACCAAUAACGGAAUUUUUAUCACAAAAAUCAGGGUAAUGUCUUUUAUUCAAUAAAUAUAUAUUCAUAUUAUUUUUAAUGGUCAGAUGUAUUCAGUCAAAACACAGUGCUGGUAUUGUACAUGAAAAUCACAUCACAUGAUUCUACUGCUGAUUUAGCCUAUGGAUAUUCACACUCUUUCACAUAACACAAAAGGUAAAACUAUCUGCAUAGGAAUUUGCUUGAAAGAAAGCAUAUUUACAUUAUUGUUGAAAAGAACAAUAGUGGGGAUUUAUCAGAUCACAUGACCUAGAAAGACAUGAUCUUUUAAAUGAAAAGCACUAAUAGAAGAGGUGCUGUAUGUAAAACACGUAAAAUUCGCAGUUGAUUCUGAAACACACCAGAUGAAAAUAUUGAAAGGAGUAACUUUGUUAUUUUUCAGGCCAUGUAAACAGACUUUUCUUCCCUGUUGGUAUCAUUGAAUCACAAUUGAUGCAUCUCAAAAAUAAGCUUUGUUCAACUCAUUUAAAGUCUCCACUAUGCAAUAAGGCACCAUAUAGAAAUAUUAUAAAAUCCUGUGCUUUUCACCAUCAAGGGAGAUGUGAAGACAACGUGUUAAUGGUUUUUCUAGAAACUGAGGGUUGGAAACGGCAAUAAAAAAUGGCUACAUAUUAUGUAUACUGAUAAAGCUUGAACGUAGUGUCACCAAAAAAAACAGAAAAGGAACACCAAGUAUUUAUAGCAAAUUUUCAUGCAACUUGAGUUCAGUAAUCAGCUUAGGGACCUUUUUAUAACACAGACUCGUUUCAUUUUGUGAAAUGGUGGGUAAGGACAUUAGCUUUAAUCCCAAGUUUAAACGAUACACUUUGAACCAGCUCACACUCGACAGCCCUAAACCAAUUGAAAACAAA